CAAGCUCGCCUCGACAUCGUCGCUCCAUGCCCAUCGCGCUGCUACUCGACCCCACAGCUGCGUGCGCUUUCGACACCUUCUCCACGCGCGCAAUCGCAGCCACAGCCGACACGCACCACAUUGUCUCUGCACGCCGUUGCCCACGCGCAGCCACGCGACAUGGCAACGCGCACGGUGCAAGAUGAGCAAGAGCAGGAGCUGGAACAUGGCGACGAGGCACAUAGGGGUCUGAAGAAGCUCACAUUCAAGCAACCGCUUGUUGGCCGGCCCGGGAAACAGAUUGGCGUCAACGACCUGUUGACGCGACUCAAGGCGCUGCUCGACGAACUGCGCACUAUAGACCAGGAAGAAGCACAUCGCGAUUCGCUCAUGCCUGUCGCCGAGUCGCUGGCCCAUCACAGUCUCGUGCAGCACAAGGACAACGGCGUACGCGCGUGGACCAUGUGCUGCAUCGUCGACAUGCUGAAACUCUUUGCGCCCGAUGCGCCCUACCCGGCCUCGAAGCUCAAGGACAUCUUCUCCGUCAUCAUCCUCAAGCUGCUGCCGCUCCUUGCCGAGCCCGCGCACCCCUACAACAGCCAGCACAUGUACAUCCUCCGCUCACUCGCCGAAUGGAAGAGCAUCCUCCUCAUCAACGAGAUCCCGGGCUCCCAUCACCUCACCGCCGCCCUCUUCACCACCUGCUUCGACGUCCUGUCUGCCUCGUCCAGCGGCGAAGAGCUGAGCAAGAACAUCGAGCACAACAUGACCGAGAUCCUCUCCACUAUCAUAGAUGAGGCCCCGGCAGUCACGCACGACGUUGUCGACGUUAUCGUAGCGCAGUUUCUCUGGGCUGAUCCCUUCACUCUCGGCACCUCAGCCAAGGGCAACAAGAGCGUGCAGAUCGACGCCAAGCAAUCAACGCUACGGCGCAAAGAGGCACCGCCCGCCUACAACAUGGCCAAGAAUGUCUGCAACGCGUUCCCAGAGAAGAUGGCUCGCCUUAUCGGCAACUACUUCAGCUCAGUCAUUGUCGACUUCACAAACUCGGGAAGCACAUACAAGCCUCACUCCAAGGACCAAGGUGCCGACGACCUUCGUCGCGGCCCCUCAGAGGAUGAUAUCAAUGAGGCACAUAAAGCACACAGGCUAUUGCGCGAGCUAUGGAAAUGCUGUCCUGGUGUGCUUCAGGAGAUUGUCCCGCAUCUACAGGACGAGCUCGCCACGGAGAAUGUGCAGCUCCGUCAGCUUGCUACGGAAACAUUCGGCGACAUGAUAUCAGGCAUUGGUGCAGCUGGCCCACCUCCUCUGCCCGACAUGGACCCAGCGGCCUAUCCUUCACAGAGCCUGUCGCGCGCAGACUCGUCGCGACCCUUCGACUAUCUCACCACGCCAGUCUCCAUCAACUCAUUUCCCACGCAAUACCCUGUGGCCUAUCAUUCAUUCCUCCAGCGUAAAAACGACAAGUCUGCCAUCAUACGCGCCGCAUGGACCACCGGAAUCGGUCGCAUAUUGAUGACAUCCGCGGGUGGUAUUGGUCUCGAUCUCGAAGAAGAACAGAAGCUGCUCAAGUACUUUAGUGAAUGCUUGAUUGAUAGCGACGAGAAGGUGCGCCUAGCCGCCGUCAAAGCGAUUGCGCACUUUGACUUCAUCGACAUCGUUCGCAAGCUCGGUAGCAACGGCAGUAUGGCAGAAGCAGGGUCUAUUCUCUCCAAUCUUGCCGAUCGCGUAAAGGACAAGAAAAAUGUCAUCCAUUCCGAGUCUAUGAGACUCCUCGGCAAGAUAUGGGGUGUAGCUGCUGGUGCCAUCGCCGAGGGCGAUGACAGCAUUAAGGCUCUGCUCGGCCCAAUUCCAUCCCGUAUUCUCGAAGCUUGCUAUGUGAACGACCUCGAAAUCAACGUGCAGGUUGAUCUCGCGCUAUACGACUCGCUGCUUCCACUUGCUUAUCCGCCCGUGAAAGCAAAAGCACCGCCAGCUGGGAACUCCCAAACCGGAAAAGACAGCCAGACAAGCAAUGAUCAGGGUUACACAGAAGCAGGCCUGGACAAGAUGCGAACCGAAAGACUGCUCGUACUCGUCAACGGGCUAGAGGCGAAAGCAAAGAAGGUCUUUUUCGCGAAACAAGGGAACCAGGGCCCCGACUACAAUGGUGGCGUCACAGAAAAGGGUGAGAAGGAUGUCAAGACAAAUCUGGAGGGCCUCAUCACUUACUACGCGAAAACACUUCCCGAUCCAACCCGCGUUAGGGACGAUUUAUGGAAAUUUGCCAAAGCCCACGAUCGCCCGAGUGACUACCGCCGGGUUGAGGGGCCAGGUCCUUCAGUGCUCGAUACCUUGACACCACUUCUCUACCGCGUUAGCUUACUGUGCUACAACAAGAGCCAUGGUCUCGGUGCCACUGCUCACGAGUUGUUGAAAGAAAUCUCCACGAAACACCCCAAGGUUUUCUCCACUCACGUAAAGGAUCUCUGUAAAACACUUGAAAGUGAGGCACCUACAGCAACCAAACCCAACCCUCCUGGCGCAGUAGACGAUCUCAAAGCCUACAUACCAAUGAACGGAAGGGACAGCCAAAAGUUGGUACAGAGCUUUCUCAAUUUUGCCUUUUACGGUACACCUCCGCAAGCGGCAAAGCAUGCAAUCACCAUCAUUAUGAACAGUGACGACAAGAAGGAGAUGCAUGCGAAGGAAAUUCUCACGAAGAGCAUCAAAGGCUUCCAGUAUGCCGGGGCUCACUGGCUUAGCAAAUUAGCUGCGCUGAAUGAUAUGGAUGCCAUCGUUGAGAUUGCCAUCAAGGAGGUUCUCCAGAAACCACAUGUGAUGACAGCCGACGCGGAUAUCGAGUGGAUGGAUAUUCUAGUGAACCGGUUACGCUCCUUGCCGUCUGAUGCCAACUUCAACGAUGCUGCAGAAGACACAUACAGGCUACUGAACCGCUACGUGAAAGAUGGCGGGGAAGGCUCGGCGGAUGGCAACACCCCAGCAGGACACAAAUCGCGCCAGCGGCUUCUUGCAGCGAAUUCCUUACUCAAACUUUCAUGCAACAAGCGCCUAGAUGCUUUCUUGAGCCCCGCUGACUUUGUUCAACUCGCUCUCAUUACACAUGACCCGUGUGCGCAGGGUCGGUUGCCGCCACGAUUCUAUACCAUCCUGUUCUUCCUCGCACAUGAGCCUGAAAAGACCAUCAAGAACAGCACCAUGACCUGGAUUCGAGCACGCCGCGCUACUUUUUCUGCACGAAAGGAGACAAUAUUGGAGACAGUAUUCGCUCGGUUAUUGAGCUUGCUUGCUCACCACCCCGACUUCGACACAGAAGACGAGACACUAAAGCUUAUGGCAGAGUACAUCUUGUAUUAUCUUAAAUGUAUCGCAACCGAGGAGAACCUGUCGCUUAUCUUUCAUGUCGCUCAACGCGUCAAGGGCGCUGAUGAGAAUCUCUACAUCUUGUCAGAUCUAGCGCAGGCUCUGAUUCGGAAAACGAAAUUACCCUCCGAGAUUGCCAAGAAGACAUGGAUUGGAGAAGACCUUGUCGACGAACUUGAUGUGCUCCCACGUAAGAAGAUCAAGGGCGACCGAUCUAUCAAGAACAAGAAGGCCAAGACUGAGCGACCCGUUAAGACACCGAAAAAGAAGAGGAGAGCUGGUGACGAUGAUGGUGCGAGCGAUGUUGAGGGCGGUAGCGAUCGACGGAGCAUUGCACACAAGAGCUAUGUUGAGGUGUCAAGCGAUGAAGAAGGCGCAGGAGAAGAGAGCGAUGCAUCGAAUGCAGAACAAGACAAAUCUACUCCUGCUGCUGAAGUAGAUAAAGAGCACGGAGAUAAAGCAGAAGACUCUGAACUUUCAGACCCAGGAUCGUCUUCAGAGCCCGAGCCAGAACCUGCGCCAGCAAAAAGAUCCACACGCGGAAAGGUCAUCCAAAAACGCAAAGCUGCCAAUCUGAUCAAAGAAGCCACACCGCCCAAGUCCGCGAGGAGUACGACUAGAACCAAAGCAAACAAAGACAAGGUCAAUGGCGCUGCUGCGGCCUCCUCACCCACUUCUGCCACCAAUGGUACUGUCCGACGCAGCGGCCGCGCUCGUGGCUGAGGUAGUGAAUAAUUCUCUGAAAGUUCUUUCGGCCGUUUCGAAUACACCCGGGUACAAUGUGUAUAGUUACCACCACACAAUACGGAUCAGAUUCUUCACAUUGUACAGCUUCUUUCCUAAGAGUUAGCUAAGGAUCCUGUUUAGCGGAGUUUUUGAGAACUGGGUGAUUGCUUUUCCGAGGACAGUUUUGCUCAGGCCGUUCGCGGCGCCUUUCAGCUGCUUUGUCUUUUUCAUACCUCGUGCAUGCCUGUCACUUGCUUUCACCACAACACAUGGGAAAGUAAAGUGCGAUCUCACGCUGAUCUUUAUGCUUUCCAUCUUUAUCAGAGGAGUUCCUAUCUUUUUACGUUAGCGAUGCGACAUGAGCAUCUGGAAGUUCGUACUUAGUGUAGGAUAGAACCAUGUAUACGACUGCUUGUUCAGCCCCAG